AUGACAAUGGACUCGUCUGGUGCCAAGCAGAUCGUCCAGGCAUUGGAGGCAAUCCACGAGCCUCGAUCGACAAAUGCCCAAAGAAGAGAAGCUCAAGAGUUUUUGGAGAAAAUCAAACAAAACGAAGAAGCCCCCUUUUGGGGGUUUCAAUUGGCUUUGCCUGACGACAACAAGAACAGCAUAGUACGUCAUUUUGGUCUUCUGCUUCUCCAGCACGUUUUAAGCAACAAGUUCCACACACUUGAUCGAACGAAGAUGCUCACGGUACGAGAGUGGGUGGUGACGCUUUGCGGCAAAGCCACAGAUAAUGAUCCUCAUUAUUUAAAAGAGAAAGUGGCGUUCUUGUGGGCGUCGUUGGCGAAACGAGUGUGGGGCAGCUGGCUCGUUAAAGGAGACGAUAUAAACCAGAGAUCAGGAAAUUCUCUGAAUGGGCUUGAGGGGAACAAAAAAGCCGAAUCGCAGAGCCCGAGUCAGCGAAUGGCGCUGCCAGAAGAUUUGGCAGACGGGUGGAGCUCCAUGGAUGCGGACCUCUGGGCCCUCUGGAACGAGAACCCUCAGUGCAGAGAGUUAUCGCUAAUAAUAACAAGGACACUAUUUGAGGAUAUAUUUCUUUUGGACGAUAUCGUUGCUAGUAAACGGUCGCCAAUAUUGAACCAGCUCAGUGUGCUCAUUGUGCACCCGACGUCGGUGCUAGAUCAAAUGUACGAGCCUAAUCCACGCAUUUCUCCUUGCAAAUACGUGAGCGAGGGCUGGUUCAGCCACUGGAGCAGCUUUUUGCUUGAAGUGCUUUCCAACAACGAUAUCACAUCACAUAGCGCUCAGGCAUUCGUGCCCAAGAUUCUUGGGGCAUUCAAGACAUGCCUUCACUGGGUGCAGCCGUCAGUUUUGCGGAACGAAAACAUCCUCAACACACUUAUCAAUAUCCUCACUGUGUCUGAUGUGAAAAUCAAAACUUUAGCCGUGGACUGCUUGCAUAUACUAUUCACAAGAGCAUAUCCCACCCUGGAGGACUUUGACUUUUUUGUUGGUAGCAUAUUCACCUGCGAGGGAAUUAAGAAACUCUCGCAAUUUUACCAUUCACUCAAAAUCGACCCUGACGACAUUGACGAACAAACAUACGCAUUGCUCAAGAAAACUGUCGAAAUGAUUGUUUCUCUUAGCGAAUACCUCAACAUCCUGCUACCCGCUAAGAAUAGGAUAGACUGGGCGAAAGCUGAUGUGAGUGAAUACCUUCGCCUUAUACUCACUACAACAAGUCAUCCAAGCUUAAUCAUUUCUGGCCUCUCUUUGCAGAUGUGGGUUACGACCUUACGAUUUGAUGAGCUCAGCUCAAAAGAGCCAGUUGUCAAUAUCUUGAUGGACUUGAUGGAAAUUGCGGCAAAUCGUGUGAUAAACUAUGAAUGGCUCGGCGAGGACGAGCCAUCUAAGAAAUACCUAGAGUUUGACUUUGAUUCUGCUCUGGACUCAUCGUCUUUCUUGUCAAAUUACAAGAAAUUCAAUGAAGAUAUUGUGCGUAUAACUGUUUGCAAAAAGCCCGAGGAGGGUCUCAAAUGGUUAGAGAACAGACUAGAAGCUUUCUUUUCUUCGCCACUAGGACACGCAUGCAUAAAUGAGGCAAAACUAGACGAGAAGUCAGAUCCUUAUAAUUGGGGUUCUGCUCAAUUCAAUAUAAUAGAAAACAGUAUCAGGGGAGUCUCUCGCUGGCGCAUAUGGUACAGUGGCGAGGAUUUCGAGACGAAGAACAACAGGCUCAAUAGUCUUGUGGAAGACUUGGGAGAACGUUUAUUAGCAAUGCAGCUAGCAUCGCCUUUGCUCAUCAGAAAGCAAGUACAAACAAUGGUUCAAUUUGCCCCAUUGCUCAAAGACGUGAGCCCCUUGAUGUUCAAAGUUCUCGAGAAGAUUAUCACUACAGCUACAUUUGAAUACCCACCAAACAUCAGUGAUGAUGAAAAGGAGCUUAUUCGUGAUUUGAGGACAAGCUGUGGUACGGAACUCAAUAGACUCGCUUAUAUCAUGCCUGAGUCAUUGAAAAAGAUCUUUUCCGAGCUUGAAGCGGUCGUCUCGAGCAUAUUGUCAUCUAACAAGGUUAGCAAUCAUGAGAAUGUCGCAUUCAAAUCAUUCCUUUUAGUCAUCGCCUCGAGGUCAUCCAUAGAAGAUAAAGAUGCUCUCUUUGCCAAGAUUGUCGAUCCAGACUUGAUGGCGUGGUCAGCUCCUGAAACAGAAAAAGGCCUUUCUGAUUUGCAUUGGUUCAUGGAGAGGCUAGGCAUUGCUGAAAUAGCUCAAUACUUCCAGAGAAGAAACAUCACAGCUAAUACAAAUCUAUUAGAGGCGGAGAUGGAUGAGGAAGGCAAAGCACUCAAAAACAAACUUAAAGAGCAUUGGUCCUCCAUAUUUCCGAUUCGUGCUACCCGAAUCUUCAUUCAAUAUAGCAUAGAGAAGCUCAGUCAUGACUCCCCGGAGUAUCAAGCAUUGCUUAGACUUUGGAAGCCUAGAGUGACACCUAUAAUACCCCACGUCUUACAGUUACUUGCACAAAUUCAAGCUUAUCACAAUCCUGACAAUUGGAAGGAUCUUCCUGAGGCAGUACAAUCGUUUUUGCGGUAUAGUCGCAUGGAAAGAUUUUGGCAGCAAGGUGUUUCCAUACAGAGCAAAGAGAUGUUCAUAGAGGAGAGCGUCAAAGCAGCACUUACCCUUCGAGAUUUUGCUGAUAGUGUUGGCCACUUGGUGAGAUAUACGCGGGAGUAUGCCUUCCUAACAAUUGGUUCUCUCUCCAACCUUGAGGACACAUUGUAUGAGAUCCCUAACAUUGCGACAUCAAUGUGGAACUCGUUGGCAGGUGACACCGUCGGUGUAACUCUACACAGUUGGAAGCAUAUGAUCAAUAGUUGUCUUCGAAGUGUCGUGAAGAAUUGUCCGGUUAAAUACGUUGAUGUUUUCAUGGCAGAGCUCUUACCAAAGGCGCUUUUCGAUAUUGACAAGUUGAUUGGCGAUCGAUGGGAAAAAAUUUAUAACACCGGGCUUCAGUUGCAAGGUAACGAGAACGACGCAACGCUCAGCGAAGAAAUGAUGGAAGAACAUAUGCUCAGACAACUCACAGCCACGGUUGUCCGCCUCUUGAUGGACAUCAUUCCACAGUUCAAUGCUAAAUCUAUGACAGAUACACAAUUUGCUUGCAAAAGACUUGUGACAACAAAUAAAGAAGUAAUGGGUGCAUUUCUCCAAAUUUGUUGUCGCAUCAUCACUCUUAAAGAUACAAAGUGUUCCUUCAACACUAUUCUUGUGGCAAGAAACAUUCUUCCCGCUAUAGUACUCAAAGAUGACGAUGUGGAUAAGUAUCUUUGCGAUGUUUUCAUGAACGCAUACUUGAAAGUAAUACUCGAUGACUACUUCGUGGAGACACACACUGAAGCUGCUACAGCACUAACGACUUUAUACUGUGCUCUCCGAUCAAAGAAUGAUUAUCCUGCGAGGGUUUUGAUGGAGGCAUUGCCUAACAUAACCUCACUGCAUAUCUCUAAUUUUGAGAAUCUUUUGGUAGGAUCGAGAUCUUUGCGUCACCAGCGCAUGGCUUUACUUGAAUUGGUGAGGAUUUCGAAGGCAGAUCAAAUAGAAGCUUCGGAAGAUGAAAUGAAGCUUCGGAAGAAGCAACUAGAGAUGAGCUCCGUAACCAAGAAGAAAAAGAGCACGAAUGAUAUCAUGAAUGACCCAUUCACCGAGAAUGGCGCGUUGAAUAAUCUAUUUGGUGAGGAAUAG